GGUGCGGGCCGGCGGCGGCGGCGGCAGCAGCAUCAAAGAGCCCCGAUUCUUGCCGCCCUGGGAGCCAUGCGCUGCUGUCUGUAAUGUCAGCGGAACAGGAGAAGGACCCCAUCGCUCUGAAGAGAUCCCGAGGUGGUGACAGUGGAUUGGAUGGGUUAGGAGGACCAGGAGUUCAGCUUGGAAGCCCUGAUAAGAAAAAGCGCAAAGCAAAUACACAGGGGUCAUCAUUUCCUCCUCCAUCUGAAUAUGCUCCACCACCGAACCCAAGUUCUGACCACCUUGUAGCUGCAAAUCCAUUUGAUGACAACUAUAAUACUGUGUCUUAUAAACCACUUCCUUCAGGAAAUCCAUAUUUUAGUAAUCCUGGUUAUCCUGGCUUUGGAGGCUAUAACACUUUCAGAAUGCCACCUCACAUGCUGCCCAGAGUGUCCUCUCCAUAUGGUGGUUCUUACUCCCUCAGAAAUCAGCCACAUCCUCUUCCUCAAAACCCUGUUGGCAUGGGUUUUAGUCGACCCCACUCUUUCAGCUUUGGUCCACAUGAUAAUCCAGGUUUUGGGAAUCAACCACCUUAUAGCAGUGGUCAGAUAAAUCAAAAUGUCAAUAUGCCUGCUCAACAUUUCAGGCCAAAUCCUGGGGAGAACUUUGGCCAUUCUGGUCAGAUACCUCACCCUGAUGUGCCAACUAACUUUGGUCCUGGAAACAAUCCAAAUUUUCCAAAUUCUCAGCUAGAGUCAAACCAUUCUUUUGUUCCUCCACCAAACACGUACAACCAGACAAAAUCAUCAGCACAAAAGCAAGACUUUAGUCAAGGUGCAAGCAAAGCAUCCAGCCAGAACACUGCUGCUCAUCAGCAUCAUCAUAGGACAGAGGACGUUGUGAGUCAAGGUAACAGUGAACUGAAAAAUGUUACUCGAAACAAUGUGGUAAAUCAGGAUAACAGCCAUUCUAACAGUGCUGAUAACACCAAUGCUGGCCACUCAAAUGGGACUCAGAGCAAGUCCCGCCAGCCUCGAGGUACUGCUGAAGGAUGCAACUCUGAAAAGAGCAGCAAAACACCUCUCCAUCCCAGUCGGCAUGGACACUCGUCCUCUGAACCCGUCUACCCAUGUGGAAUUUGUACACAUGAAGUCAAUGAUGACCAGGAUGCCAUCCUGUGUGAAGCCUCUUGUCAAAAAUGGUUCCAUCGGAUCUGUACAGGCAUGACAGAGUCAGCCUAUGGCCUUCUCACAGCAGAGGCAUCGGCAGUGUGGGGCUGUGACACUUGCAUGGCAGACAAGGAUGUGCAGUUAAUGCGCACAAGAGAGACUGCAGGACCACCUGCACUGAACACAGAGGGCUGACAGCCUGAAUGGGUGCUAGUGGAGCAAAUACUUGCUAUGAAAAUUCGGUUACAAAUUGGGUACUUCACUUUCUGCAGACAAUCAGUUGUGUUUGAUUGCUGUCAUCUUUUUUUCCCUAAUCUGUUUUCAUUCAUAAACUUCCAUCUCAGCUUUUGUACUCUUAGUUUUAUGUGUGCAAAUGUUUUACAAGAUGGAAUAUUUUUUUGUUUCUGAUUAAACUGUAACUGACAAUUGAUCGGAAGUAGGAUGGCAUUGACAAUAUUAUUGAAGGAAAAAAUGUGCCUGUGUGAAUAGCCCUAAUUUGCUAGUGUGUAUUAAUGUGUUAACUAACGCUAGCAUUUAGUGCUUGGUUUUAAUGGUACUAUAUUUGCAAGUACUCAUUACUUUGUUUUUUUCUUUUGGCGUGAAUGUCUGUUAUUGAUGUUUUUGAUAGCCUUUCUUUGAAUACAGUAGAGAUGACAUGGAGGAAUGUGCAGUACUAAUAGUUGUUAUUUUAGGGUAAAUACAGAGAAUUUUGUAUAUGCUUUUUCCUAUUUUUGAAGCAAAGCAUUAAUGUGCUAUUCGAAAAUCAUGAAUUCAUGCUUAGUAACAUAAUGAAAGCCACUAACUAUUACAUAUUUCUGUUUCCUUGAAAAGGCAAUAAUCUCUUGACUUCUCAGCAAUUACUUGCUGAAGGCUCUUUCUAGGUCUUGCAUUAUUUGGAAAUUGUUGUGAAAUAGGAUUAAAUUGGAAAAAGAACACA